UUCUGGUUUGGCCAUGGAAGUAUCUUAGCACUUUCUCUUGUUGGGGUUUUUAUUUGUCUUUUUAAUCUUUUGUAUAAUCUUUUUUUUUUAAGUUUUUGUUAGUGAAAGUUAGUUUCUUUGAUUAGAUAUUUUUGGUGGGUUUUUGGUGGGUUUUAUAUUUGUAAAUCUGAUCAUGGAUUUGAACGGAGAGUGUAAAGGAGGAGGAGGAGGAGAUGGGUUUAUUGAUAGAAGCAGAGUUAGGAUUUUGCUUUGUGACAAUGAUCCUAAUAGCUUGGGAGAGGUUUUCACCCUCCUUUCUCAGUGUUCUUAUCAAGUGACCUCAGUGAAAUCAGCAAGGCAAGUGAUUGAUGCACUAAAUGCAGAGGGACCUGAUAUCGAUAUAAUACUAGCGGAGAUUGAUCUCCCAAUGGCUAAGGGUAUGAAGAUGCUUAGGUACAUCACACGUGACAAAGAUCUUCGGAGAAUCCCUGUCAUUAUGAUGUCGAGACAAGACGAGGUCCCUGUGGUGGUAAAGUGCUUGAAGCUAGGCGCAGCUGACUACCUUGUCAAGCCUCUCCGGACCAAUGAGCUUCUCAACUUGUGGACUCACAUGUGGAGAAGAAGACGCAUGCUAGGACUUGCUGAGAAGAAUAUGAUGAGCUAUGAUUUUGAUCUGGUGGGAUCUGAUCCAAGUGAUCCGAACACAAACAGUGCCACACUCUUCUCUGAUGACACAGAUGACAGAAGUAUUAGAUCCACCAACCCUCAGAGAGGAACAACUUUAAGCCAUCAGGAAAAGGAGUGGCCUGUUGCUACUGGCUCUGUUUGUGCUGGAGAUGGCGCUGAUGGCACAGCCACGUCAACUCCUGCCGUUGCUAUCAUAGAGCCUCCAUUGAAUCAUCUUCCUGAGACUCACCAUGAGUCUACCAAAAGAAAUACUAAUCCAGGGCAAUUUUCUUCAGUGCCAAAGAAAAGUAGGUUGAAGAUUGGAGAGUCCUCUGCCUUCUUCACAUAUGUCAAGUCUACUGUCAUUGGCACUAACUCUCAGGAUCCUCCCCAUGUCAAUGGAAAUGGCUCAGUUCAUCCAGGUGUGGCGGAGAAGCGUCAAGUGGUGGCAAGUGAGGUGAUCAACAAGGCCAAACAAACAAGAGGAGGUAGAGAGACUAAGAAAAACUAUGCUCAAGGAGAGAGCUUAGUGAAUGGCACGCUUGAGCGUUCACGCACGCUUCCAACACCAAUGGAGCUUCAUAGUAGGAGUCACCAAGAAGAUCCAAGUUCCCUUGAGCGGUCACGCACACUUCCACCACCAAUGGAACUUCAUAGGAGUUACCAAGAAGAUCCAAGUUCCGGUGACAGGUCACGCACGCUUCCACCACCAAUGGAUCUUCAUGGUGGUAGGAGUUGUUACCAAGAAGGAGCCAUGGAUGAUGCCAGGGUUGCUAGUAAAGAUUCAUCUCAAGUUGAUGCUUCAAGAUUCGCUGCACACAAUGCAUAUCCUUACUAUAUGCAUGGUGUCAUGAACCAAGUUAUGAUGCAAUCAGCAGCCAUGAUGCCUCACUAUGCUCAUCAACAUCCUCAUAUGAAUGGAAUGACAGGAUUUCCUUAUUAUCAUCACCACCCCAUGAACACAUCGUUACAGCACAGUCAAAUGUCACAGAAUGGUCAUGUGCCUUUACAGAAUGGUCAGAUGCCUUUACAGAAUGGUCAGAUGCCUAUGGUCCAUCAUCAUCAGUCUUGGCCACCGGUGGGGAACUCAUCUCCUAACGAGGUGAGAGUGAAUAAACUUGACAGAAGAGAGGAAGCUUUGCUGAAAUUUAGACGUAAAAGGAACCAAAGGUGUUUUGACAAGAAGAUUAGGUAUGUGAAUAGGAAGCGCCUUGCUGAGAGGAGACCACGUGUUAAGGGUCAGUUUGUUAGGAAAAUGAACGGCGUAAAUGUUGACUUGAACGGGCAGCCUGAGCCUGACUCUGCUGACUAUGAUGACGAGGAAGAGGAGGAUGAAGAAGAAGAGGAGAAUCGGGACUCAUCUCCUCAGGAUGAUGCUCUUGGAACUUGA